GUACUCAUGUUUAUUGAAUUAUAACAGGAUUAGAAGGAUGAUGUGGUCUUCUGCCAAGUGGCGGAUAGUUUUGUUAGCUGUUUUUGUGGCAUCCGUCAAAACGCAAGUAGGCCCUCUAGACAAUAGCAGUAUCGCUGCAGAUCCCAUAGACACCAGGCCGUGCUACCCAUUGCCAACCCCCACACCGAAUAUUACCGACUGGGAUGGUGCGGUCAUCGACACGGAAUGGUGGCAGUACAUAAGGAGAGGGUUGAGGCAAACUAGAGCUCCUUCCGAACUGGCGUCUAGCUACUCGAGCAUAGAAAGCCGAUGCAUUGCACCAGAAAACAUCGUCUACGACAAUAGGAGGUUCUAUUGGGAGAUCGCGUGUCCUUACGAUGUUUACUGGCUUGGCCGGUUCAACCAUCCGGUUGAAGGAAAGUGCUGGGUCCUUAAUCCGUGUUGGCAAAGGAUCCGAGCGGUCAAAUGCAGAACAGAAUUAUGCAACACUCGAUGUCGUGUAGCCCACCCGCAAGUAAGGAACUCUGUCUGCCUGGCGAACAACUACCAGACAUACACGGUCUGGGCCUUCUGUCCCGAUGCCAUCAGGAGAUGUCAGAUAAGACCUUGGACUUGCAUCAAGAGAAUCAGAGUGCGCAUGCCCCAGUGCUGUGAAUGCUGGUCAUGCUGGGACAUGAAGGUCACCAUGCCGGACUGGAAGGACCCCGGUUAACCAAGAGUGGCUCAACUCAAUGUUUGACUGUAGAAAAAAGACGAGAGG